AUGGCCGCCCAAGGAGAACCCCAAGUCCAGUUCAAACUCAUGUUGGUGGGUAAUGGUGGUACUGGCAAAAUGACGUUCAUGAAACGUCACCUGACUGGUGAAUUCGAGAAGAAGUAUGUAGCCACCUUGGGUGUGGAGGUCCAGCCUCUCUUGUUCCACACCAACAGAGGACCGAUUAAAUUCAAUGUGUGGGAUACAGCUGGUCAAGAAAAAUUUGGGGGACUGAGGGAUGGCUAUUAUAUCCAAGCCCAGUGUGCCAUUAUAAUGUUUGAUGUAACAUCGAGAGUUACCUACAAGAACGUGCCUAACUGGCAUAGAGAUCUGGUUCAAGUAUGUGAAAACAUCCCCAUUGUGUUGGGUGGCAAUAAAGUGGACAUUAAGGACAGGAAAGUUAAGGCAAAACCCAUUGUUUUCCACCGAAAGAAGAAUCUUCAGUACUACGAUAUUUCUGCCAAAAAAGUUGUCAUGGACCCAGCUUUGGCAGCACAAUAUGAGCAUGAUUUAGAGGUUGCGCAGACAACUGCUCUCCCGGACGAGGAUGACGAUCUGUGA